GUAUUCAGUGAACACCGCGGCGUGUUGUGGCUACAGCGUGGCUCCGUAACGGUGGGAAUAAAUCUCUAUAUUAUGUGUAGAAGCUCCUUCACCCUCGUUAGAGAUGCAGGUGUCCAGUGUUAAUAACAUAAAGAUCUACAAUCUCAGCCAUGGCAAGUCUCUGCCUGAGUGGCUGUCAGACAGGAAGAAGAGAGCUUUACAGAAGAGAGAUGUCGACGUCCAGAAGAGGAUUGAACUCAUCCAGGAUUUCGAGAUGCCGACCGUGUGCACGUCUCUCAGGGUGUCACGUGACGGACAGUAUAUUUUAGCUGCAGGGACGUACAAACCCAGGAUCCGGUGCUACGACACGUAUCAGCUCUCUCUGAAGUUUGAAAGGUGUCUGGAUUCUGACGUGGUGACCUUUGAAAUCUUGUCUGAUGAUUACUCCAAGCUGGUGUUUCUGCACAUUGAUCGUUACGUGGAGUUUCAUUCCCAGCAUGGUCACUACUAUAAGACGCGAAUCCCCAAGUUUGGGCGAGAUUUCUCCUACCAUUACCCAUCCUGUGAUUUGUACUUUGUAGGAGCCAGUUCAGAGAUUUUCCGUCUGAACCUCGAACAGGGCCGAUUCCUCAACUCACUGCAGACUGAUGCAACGGAGAUGAAUGUAUGUGACAUCAACCCUGUUCAUCAUUUAUUUGCUGCUGGGACGAUCGAGGGGAAAGUGGAAUGCUGGGACCCGCGUGUGCGCAGUCGAGUGGGCGUCCUGGACUGCGCUCUCAGCAGCGUCACAGAGGGAACUGAAGUGGAGAGCCUGCCGUCUGUCAGUGCAUUGAAGUUUAACGACUCCUUGGGUAUGGCUGUGGGCACGACUACAGGACAGGUGUUGUUGUAUGACCUCCGUUCCUCUCGCCCCCUGCUGGUAAAAGACCAUUAUUACGGCCUGCCGAUCCACUCCCUCCAUUUUCAUAAGCAGAUGGAUCUGGUGAUUUCUGCAGACUCAAAGAUCAUCAAGAUGUGGCACAGGGACAACGGUAAGGUGUUCUCCUCCAUCGAGCCACCAGCCAACAUCAACGAUGUGUGUGUUUACCCGGAUUCAGGUAUGCUCUUCACUGCUAAUGAAGACCCCAAAAUGAACACUUUCUACAUUCCUGCCCUCGGUCCUGCUCCUCAUUGGUGCUCCUUCCUAGACAACCUGACCGAGGAGCUGGAGGAGAACCCAGAGAGUACCGUAUAUGAUGACUACAAAUUUGUUACACGAAAAGACCUGGACAACCUUGGUCUGACCCACCUGAUCGGCUCGCCUCUCCUGAGGGCCUACAUGCACGGCUUCUUCAUGGACAUCAGGCUCUACCACAAGGUUAAAACUAUGGCGAAUCCGUUCGCUUACGAGGAAUAUCGCAAGGACAAAAUACGCCAAAAAAUCGAAGAGUCCAGAGUCCAGAGAGUUCAGAUAAAGAAUCUGCCAAAGGUGAACAAAGAGCUUGCAAUGAAGUUGAUGGAGGAGGGAGAGCACAAAGAAUCACGAAAAGCCAAGAAGAAGGCCAAGGGCUCCAGUAACAUCCUGACUGAUGACCGUUUUAAGAUGAUGUUUGAGAAUCCAGACUACCAAGUAGACGAGCAGAGUGAGGAGUUCCGCUUGCUUAAUCCCAUCGUGUCUAAAGUGGGCCAGAGGAGGAGGGAGAGGCUACAGCAGAUAGCUGAGCAACAGUCUGAUGAGGAUGAGGAAGAGGAGCUGGAGGGACGGCCCAGCUCAGAGGAAGAGGAGAGCUCAGAUGAUGAUAAGAGCUGGGUGGAGGAGGUGAGGGAGCAGCGGCGUCUCUUACGAGCAGAGGAGAGAGAGCGUCGGUUUAAAGAGAGAAAGGAGCAGGACCGCCGCACCAGCCUGCAGAGUUCAGAUCCAGUCAGAAAGUCUGAACAGAGCCAGGCUUACGGCCAGAACCAGCCGCGCUUCUACCAGAUCAAAGCCGGGGAGGAGUUCCGCAGCUUCGGGGACGUGGCACGCAAACAGAAGAUGCAAAAAACCUCUCUUGAGGAGCGUCUGAAGUUGGAGGAGAGCUCGGGGAUGCUGAACCUCGCUGACACCGCAGUCGGAAGCAAGCAGCUGACCUUCACUCUUAAAAAGUCUGAGAAACAGCGGAAUCAGCAACGAGCUGAGCGUGAGCACCACGAGGAGAGAAGAAAGAUCAGACGUGCUGCUGGUCAUCUUUACACUCGGGGACGGGGCAGGGGACGAGGAAGGGGACGAGGAGGGGGACGAGGCAGGGGACGAUUCUGAACGUUACCUCCAAGCCCCUGCUCUAGUUACUUGGAUGCAUCCAGGCUGUAACGCUGUCUCAAAACAACUUUGUCCUACUGGUGCGAGGACAGGGAGGUGCACUGUGAACCCUGCUUUCUCAGAAUGAUGAAAUGUAAAAAGAGAGACCAUGUGACAGUGAGAGACGCUGGGGACCGUUCCCUUUAAUGUUUGCAUGUGUGCGUGUGUGCUCCUGUUUUAUUUUAGUGUUGUGUAAACCAACUGUGCAUUGUUAAAGAAACUUUUUAUUCAAA